UGGGAGUAAUAAGGGACAAUGGGAUGAUAAAAUCUUCUCAAAGGUAAUCCUCUCAAUACGAUUUUUCAAGCUUGUGUUGCCACAUGAUAAGAACAUAUAUCAGCGCCAACAUCUUCAAUUUGUCCAUGCCCUGUCCCCAAUCCCCAUCCAACAUCAGAAGUCCGAGUAUUUGUGGAUCAAUUUGGUGAAGGCAAACAAUGAGUCUCUUCGGCCUAGGAAGCAAGAACCAAAAGACAUUUAGGCCCAAGAAGAAUGCACCAUCUGGCAAUAAGGGUGUGCAGUUGAAGAAACACAUUGACGCGACAUUAGGAAAUGGUAAUUUGAGAGAUGCCGUACGGUUGCCUCCUGGAGAGGAUCUCAAUGAAUGGCUUGCUGUGAAUACUGUUGAUUUCUUCAAUCAGGUCAACAUAUUGUAUGGCACUUUGAUGGAGUUCUGUACGGCAUCUACAUGCCCAACGAUGACAGCCGGAUCCAAGUUUGAGUAUAGAUGGGCUGAUGGAGUGCAGAUCAAGAAACCUAUUGAAGUUUCAGCUCCAAAAUAUGUGGAGUAUUUGAUGGACUGGAUCGAGGUCCAGCUUGAUGAUGAGUCCAUUUUCCCUCAAAAAAUUGGAACAACUUUCCCCCAAAAUUUUCGAGAUGUUGUGAAGACAAUAUUCAAGCGCCUAUUUCGUGUUUAUGCUCAUAUUUACCACACUCAUUUUCAGAAAAUUGUGAGCCUCAAGGAAGAAGCCCAUCUUAACACCUGCUUCAAGCAUUUUACGUUGUUCACGUGUGAGUUCAAAUUGAUCGACAAGGCUGAACUCGCGCCACUUAUUGAUCUUAUUGAAUCCAUUGUGACUAUUUGCUAAGAUGUCAACAACGAGAGUGGAAUAUUUUGCCUCGUUUAUUUUUCCAUUUUUGAGGGUACAAUCAGAUGUGCAUGAAGAGUGAGAUCGAGGAAAAAAUGGGCAAAGUAAACAUAUAUUGCAACUAUUGUUUUUCUAUUGUGUUGUGCAACAAUGUUUUCCUUUUUACUCUAGAACGUAACAUAACUAGCACUAGUGGGACAGGGCCUAUAGCCCCGGCCCGUAAGGGGCUUUAGUCCCGG